AUGGCUGGCGCAUAUCAACCCUCACACGAUGUUGUCGGCGUAAUCCUGGCCGCCGGCCGGGGCAGCCGAAUGCACUCCAACAAACCUAAACCGUUGCAUCUGGCGGCCGGCAAAGAACUCAUCAGAUAUCCGGUGGAUUUGAUGGCCGAAUGGGGGAUGCAACGUAUCGUGGUGGUAACGUCGCCCGAUCAUGCUGAAGCGAUUGGCGACCUGCUGGGCGACAACGUUGAAAUCGCCAUGCAACCCGAGCCUGAUGGCACCGCCGGCGCUUUGGCCACUGCCCUGGAUCAACUUGGCGAGAUUCCCCAAACGGUCGUGGUGAUGGCCGGCGACACCCCGCUGGUUCGCGCCACAUCCUUGCGGACACUGAUCGACGAACAUACCGCAGUUGCCGGCCGCCGCAUGACAAUCCUGUCGGCUCCCGACGUGUUCGCCGACGACCUGGGUCGCAUCGAGCGGGCCAGUGUAACCAGCGAUGGUCGCGUGGGAGCAGUCAGCGCAAUCGUGGAAGCCCCCGAUCGCACCCGACCCGUACACGGGCCGGCCGAAGUAAAUACGGGCGUUUAUUGUUUUGCCGGAGACUGGGUCGCCCACCGAAUUAAGCAGGUGACUCCUUCACCGUCGGGCGAGCUUUAUCUCACGGCGCUGGUCGCCAUGGCAUCCGACGCCGGCGAAGACGUCGCGGCAUUACCCAUCGCCUACGCCGAUGAGGCCCUCGGCGUAAAUGAUCGAAUCCAGCUCGCCACCGUGGAAGCGGUCCUGCGUGACCACUUGAACCGUCGCUGGAUGGAAAACGGCGUCACUAUCAUCGAUCCGGCCACAACCUACAUCGACGCCGAAGUUACAAUUGGCAACGACACCGUCCUGCUGCCCAACACCAUGCUGCGCGGCCAAACGGCCAUCGGUCAGGAGUGCGAAAUCGGCCCCAACUCCGUCGUGCAGGACACGCACCUCGGCGACCGCUGCAGCAUCGUCGCAUCUUUCCUGGAAGGCGCCAAAAUCGAAAACGACGUCACCAUAGGUCCCUUCAGUCACCUUCGCCCCGAUUCGGUAAUAGAAACCGGCGUUCACCUUGGCAACUACGUGGAAGUGAAGGCCAGCCGAGUCGGUUCCGAAACCGCAGCCGGGCACUUUUGUUAUCUGGGCGACGCCAACGUAGGCCGUGGCGUGAACAUCGGCGCCGGAACUGUUACCUGCAACUACGAUGGAACUGACAAGCACACUACCAACAUUGGCGCUGGGGCUUUCAUUGGCAGCGAUACGAUGCUGAUUGCUCCCGUCUCCGUGGGCGAAGACGCGGCCACGGGAGCGGGCGCAGUGGUCACUAAAGACAUCCCCAGGGGUAGACUCGCUGUAGGCGUACCUGCUAAACUCGUUCCACACAGAGAUUAA